UAUUUAUCGGUUUUCACUGUUAUUAGAUUGGUGAGAUUGGAAGGCUUUCUUCAUCAAUGAAGAAGAUUGAAAAAGGACUCAAGAAUGGUAACAAGUAUCAAGAUGAGGAGUAUCGUGCUAAGCUUAAAAAAUCAAACGAGAGGUCACUUGCUUUGAUCAAAGCAGCUAUGGACAUUGUUGUAGCAGCUGGUCUGCUUCAGUUGGCUCCAAAGAAGAUCACUCCUCGUGUCACCGGAGCUUUUGGAUUCAUCACCUCCGCCAUUUCUUGUUACCAGUUGCUUCCCACACGCCCCAAGAUCAAAACACCCUGAAGCCGAUCGAGGAAGCUGGUGUUAAGGAGAAAGUUUAUGUUGGUCUUUUUUAAGGAAAUUUGCUGCUGUUACUACCUCGUAUAAAUACAUACAUAU